AUGGGUCUCAAAAAUCCGGCUGAAAUGGCUGUCACCCUCCUCAGAUCAAGGCUUUGCAAUCCCAAUUUCGUCUUCUCCCUCUUCUCCGAUUCUCCCGAUAGUAAUUACAGCAAGUUGAAAUAUAUCAUCUCGAGUUCAGUGACUGAGGCGUGUAAUAAUUCUGUUUUGCUUCUGGGUCCACGAGGCUGCGGAAAGAUUCCGGUUUUGGAGCUUGUCCUUGCAGACUUAUUGAAAGAGUUCCCUGAUAUGAUCUCUGUGGUUAAGCUCAAUGGGUUAUUGCACAGUGAUGAUAAUUGUGCUUUGAAGGAAAUUGCUAGGCAAUUGUGCAUGGAACAUCAAUUGGUUUUCUCAAAGAUGGCAUCAUCUGAUGAUAACUCCCAGUUCAUGAUAGCUAUGCUACGGGAGUGUGGGUUAGCACAUAAAACAGUAUUAUUUGUUCUCGAUGAGUUUGACCUCUUUGCACAGGGUAAACAACGAUUACUAUAUAGUUUACUGGACGCCAUGCAGUCAGUGACAUCACAAGCUGUUGUUGUAGGCGUGAGUUGCAGAUUGGAUGCAGACCAGCUGUUGGAGAAAAGAGUACGAUCUCGUUUCUCACAUAGGAAGCUGUUGUUUCUUCCUCCUGUGAGGCAAGAUUUGCAGAGGCUCGUGGAGCACUGUUUGCUGUUGCCAACUGAGUCAGAUCUUCCUUGUGAAUAUGUUGCUGAAUUUAACUCGAAGCUUUCUAACAUCUUAGCUGAUAAAAGGUUCACAGAAAUCUUAGAUUUAGUAUUUAAUACGGACUCAACUUUCAACCAUCUGCUGAGAUUCCUGUUUUCUGCUCUUAGUCAUAUGGAUUUCAAACCAGGCUACCUCUCACUUGAAAACUUCAAAGCUGCAGUUUCGAGGAUUCAAAGACACCCAAAGCUGGAAUGUAUAAAAGAUUGUUCUAUAUUGGAGCUAUAUAUUCUUGUUUGCAUGAAGAGGAUGGAAGUGAGAGAGCAAGAAGUCUGCAAUUUCAACUCUAUAAUGAAAGAGUACAAAAGUAUUCAUGAUUCAUUCCAAACAUCCGAUUACUACGCGAGGGGUGUAUGCAGACGAGCAUUUGAGCACCUUCUUCAACGUGAACUGAUCACCUUCUUGGACAAUAGAGGCCAGGGCCUAAGUAUAGAAUAUCGGCAAGUUAAGCUGCUUAUUUCUUGGCAUGAACUCCAUCAAGGACUGAAGUCCCACCAUUCUUGCCCGAGUUUCUUCUCUUUAGACCUGGCAAUCCACUUACUAAAUUACAAGAUGCUUUUGCAGGCAAUACUUCAUAAACUGAUGGAUCGUGAAGGUUGA